GACAAUUUAUUGUGUGAUAUGAAUGCCUUAAAUGAAAUAAAAAACCAAUUAUUAAGGUCAGUAAUGGAGUAUAAGCCCAAGCCAGCCCAGCACUAUUGAACAGUUUGUUUACACAGUGGCCCGCCGGUUGUCCUUCCUUCUCUUCCUCUUAUCAGGAUGGCCAUGCUGGAGGCUGUGGAGGUGGUGGCCGGGAGGUUCCGUGGCUGCCUGGUGGGCGCCCUCUUGGGGGACUGUCUUGGGGCACCAUUUGAGAUGGAUCCCAAAGCUUCACCCUCAGUGCUUAAUUCAUACUUUAAGAGGCUCCAUGACCCUAAUCUCAAAGUGCCAUACAAGCAGUACACUGAUGACACUGCCAUGACCAGGUGUGUGGCUCUUUCCCUCAUUGAGAAGAAAGGGUUCGUUGCCGAGGACAUGGCCAAGCGGUUUGUUAAAGAGUACUUCGCUGAGCCAAGGCGAGGGUAUGGUGGUAAUGUUGUUAUGGUGUUCAUGGGGCUCCGAGCCACCAAGUUCAAGGAUGUGUUUGCCCCGGCAGCAUUGCAGUUUGAUGGUCGGGGCUCCUAUGGGAAUGGAGGUGCCAUGCGAGCUGCUCCAAUUGCUCUUUUCUGCCACAAUUCCUCUGAACAAGAGCUUGUGGACACAGCCAAGAACAUGGCCCUUAUCACACAUGCCAACAAGAUGGGCUACAAUGGAACCAUUCUUCAGUGCCUGGCAGUGCACGAGGCCCUCCAAACAACCAGAGAAUUAGAUGGUGUCAAGUUCAUAGAUAAACUUAUAGAAAAAAUGAGAAUAGUGGAACAGCCUGGAGAAGAUGACAUAAUAGAUGAGGGAGAUGAGCCAUUUUUGUAUGUCAAGAAGUUGGAGAAAGUGUUGGAGCUGCUGGAACACGGGAACUCUGUUGAGGGAGAGCAGGUGGAGGAAGAGCUGGGUGUGGAUGUUUCUGCCCAUAGAUCUGUGCCAACUGCCAUUUACUCCUUCCUCAGAGCUUUAAAUCCCAUCCCAAGCAUUGAGACUGACAAUGAGUUCCAGAGGACCCUGCAGUAUGCCAUCAGCUUGGGUGGAGACACAGACACCAUAGCAUCCAUGGCAGGAAGCAUUGCAGGGGCUUAUUAUGGAAUAGAAAAAGUUCCCCAAACCCUCCAGAGACAUUGUGAAGCUUUGUCAGAUGCCAUACAGCAGGCAGACAAACUCUACCAACUUAUGAAGUCCAGGACGUCAGCAUCUUAAAAGCUGCCGGGAGCUGAGAACGAACUUGCAAGCACCAAACCCAUUGAGCUACCCUGACCCCACUUAAAGAGUUUGCUCUUUGGCCUGCAGAAUGUUCAUAGUGGUUCGCAAUUUAAAAUAAACUUGCCAUUUUA